AUGCCAUCAACUGCUCCUGUCAUACGGCCUAAGAACCAACCCGUCAACGCCCAUAAGGAAGAAAGUCCCAUCAGUUACGAUAUCAAUAUCCCUUAUGUGGACGUCAAUGGCGCAACCACUGCCAGAACCAGAUACCCGGAAUAUCUGCCGACAUGGGACAAAGUGUGGUUUGAUCCACUGCCCCCAUUCGACUUUGACGAUCCCGCGCUGCGCGUCAAGGACAGGUCAAAGCCUAACCUGUUGACUCCCGAGGCUAAAGUGACCGAAAUCCAGCCGAAGAUCGGCAGUAUCAUCGAAGGGGUCCAGCUGAGCCAGCUCUCGGACGCCGCAAAGGAUGAGCUCGCAUUGCUGAUUUCCGAGCGUAAGGUGGUCGCAUUUCCGGCGCAGGAUCUGAUUGAUGCUGGGCCUGACGCGCAGGAACAGUUCAUGCGCUACUUCGGAAAACCAAACUAUCAGCCUGUCUCAGGCACGGUGCGCGGCCACCCAGGUUUCCAUAUCAUUCAUCGCGACGGCAACAAGGAAGAGAUCUCGCGUUUCCUGGAGCAGCGCACGACUACCACCCUGUGGCAUCAGGAUGUGAGUUACGAAAUCCAGCCUCCAGGCUACGUCAUGUUGGGCCUCCUGGAAGGCCCAGAAGUAGGAGGUGAUACCGUUUUCGCGGCCACCGAUAUGGCCUACAAACGCCUCUCUCCGACUCUCUGCUCUUGGCUCGAUACCCUUCGGGCCGUCCACUCCUCCGCCAAAAUGAUCAAUCACGCCCGUCUAACAAAUAGCCUCGUGCGCAAAGACCCUGUGGACACCACCCACCCGUUGGUCCGGGUCCACCCCGUAACAGGCGAGAAAUGCCUCUUCAUCAACGGCGAAUUCAUCACCAAGAUCCAGGGCCUCAAGGAACCCGAACAGCGCUGGCUCAUUGACUUCCUCAUGAACCACAUCGUCACAGGCCACGACUUCCAAGCCAGAGUAAGAUGGCAACCCAAGACAAUCGUCAUGUUCGACAACCGCUCUACUCUGCACUCGGCAAUCGUCGACUACCUAGACGAUGACUACGGUGCCAAGCUCCGCCACAUCUUCCGACUGACCGCAUUAGGCGAGAAGCCGAUCCCAGUGUACGACCAGUUCGAGUAA